AUGGAGCACCUCGGGGCUCACCACCUGCACCAAGGGCAAGCCGAGCCCAUCAGCUUCGGCAUCGACCAGAUCCUCAACACGUCGGAGCCGGGCAGCUGCAUGGUGUCGCACCCGCGGCUGCAGGACUCGGCGGACUACGGGCUGGGAUGCAUCGUGGGCAGCGCCUAUAACACGGUCACGGGUGGCUACGGGGCGAGCGGCGGCGCGGCCGGCGCCUACACCGGUACCUCCUGCAGCAUGGGCGGCCUGCCCGGCUCCUACAACGUGAACAUGGCGGUGAGCAUGAACGGCAACACCUUGAGCUCGGCCGGCGGGGUGAUCCGCGUCCCGGCCCAUCGCCCCGUGGCCGGCGGCGUCCACCAGCCCCUCUCCGCCGCCGUGCCGGCAGUGAACGGCAUGAACAGCCUCACGGGGCUCACCUUCCCCUGGAUGGAGAGCAACAGGCGAUACACAAAAGACAGGUUCACAGGUCACCCGUACCAGAACCGCACACCCCCCAAGAAGAAGAAGCCGCGCACCUCCUUCACCCGCCUGCAGAUUUGCGAGCUGGAGAAGCGCUUCCAUCGGCAGAAAUACCUGGCCUCGGCCGAGCGCGCUGCCCUGGCCAAGGCCCUCAAGAUGACGGACGCCCAGGUGAAGACCUGGUUCCAGAACCGGCGUACUAAGUGGAGGAGGCAGACAGCAGAGGAGCGGGAGGCUGAGCGGCAGCAAGCAAACCGCAUCCUCAUGCAGUUGCAGCAGGAGGCCUUCCAAAAAACCAUCAACCAGCCCAUCCAAGCCGAUCCCAUCUGCGUCCACAACUCCUCUCUCUUCGCCCUCCAGAAUCUCCAGCCUUGGUCUGAUGACUCCACCAAGAUCACCAGUGUCACCACUGUCGCCUCUGCUUGUGAAUAA